AAAUUAGUACAAGUUAGGCUGCGGAGAGGAGGUUGCAGACAAGCUGUGUGAUUUACAGAGCUUGCUCGAAGAGAAAGAGUAGAAAUGGCAGGUCAAGCAUUUAAAAGGUUCCUUCCCCUCUUUGACCGUGUUCUGGUGGAAAAAGUUGCAGCAGAAACCAUGAUGAAAGGUGGCAUUAUGAUUCCAGAAAAGUCUCAGGGAAAAGUUUUGCAAGCAACAGUGGUAGCAGUUGGACCAGGGAGUCGAGUAAAGAAUGGAGAUGUACAGCCAGUUAGCAUAAAAGUUGGUGAAACCGUUCUACUCCCUGAAUAUGGAGGAACUAAAGUGGUUUUAGAAGAUAAGGAUUACUUCUUGUUCAGGGAUGGAGAUAUUCUUGGAAAAUACACAGAAUAGACAUUGGAUGUUGCUGUCAGUUUCAUGAACUGACUGUUCCGUGAACUAGUCUUUUUGUUCCAGUCUGUAAAUAAUUUUGUUUUGAACUUUGGUACAGUACAAUAAAAUCAACAGUAAACCUGAAAAAAAAAA